UUGUUUAACGCAAUGCACUGAUGUUUGAAUGAAAUGCAUUGCUAUUAGUAGUGUUGUAACAAUCAGUCCAUAUGUCAUAACUACCGGUGCUCUCCAUUCAAACAAUUCACUGUAAAAACUGGUAUUUAAAAGUCCUGUCGACGAAAGCCUUUUUUUUGUUAGUUGUAUGGGAUUUACAAAACAAUUACUCAAAACAGUCAUAACUGGAGUACACGUAAUACAAUUGAGACGACUUUACCGAAGUCCACAACUUAAUCAUACAAAACGUGCCGCCGAUUGGGCCAAAAACAAGUUACCAAAGUAUCGGAUACUCUACGUCGACAAAGUUAUGUCACAAACCGAUCCAGAGAUUGCCGCUUUGCUGGAACCGCUGCGGCUGUCAGUUAAAGAGCAAGGUGAUAUCGUGCGGACAUUAAAACAACAAAAUGCACCCGAAGUGGACGUUAAGCGAGCUGUCAAUGAGCUUAAGGCCCGCAAAAAGGUAUUAGAGGACAAAGAGUUAUCACUGGCGCCAAUCAAUGCCGGCUUUGACAGAGCUCUACUCGAAGAGCUUCUUAAGAGACGUUUCUUUUAUGAUCAAUCAUUUGCUAUUUACGGUGCAAUCGCCGGUCAAUUUGAUUUCGGACCGAUGGGUUGUGCGAUGAAAACUAAUUUAUUGAACGUCUGGCGCAACCAUUUCGUUCUCGAAGAAAGUAUGCUUGAAGUUGACUGCACUGUACUGACACCCGAACCGGUACUGAAAGCCUCGGGACAUGUCGAGAGAUUUGCCGAUUUGAUGGUCAAAGAUGUAAAGAAUGGCGAGUGCUUUCGAUUGGAUCAUCUGAUUAAAGGACAUCUCGAGAAACUAAUGGCUGACAAGAAGUGUAGUUCCGAUAAAAAGAAUGAAUAUGAAGACGUUAUUAUCAAAUUAGACGGAUUUUCAAAGGAAGAGAUGAACGAUAUUCUUAGAAAAUAUGACAUUAAGAGUCCCAUUACUGGCAAUGAGGUGACGGAUGCCAUUGAGUUUAAUCUGAUGUUUAGUACAUUAAUUGGACCGUCGGGUGCUGUGAAGGGUUUUCUUAGACCAGAGACAGCACAGGGAAUAUUUGUUAACUUCAAGCGACUUCUGGAGUUCAAUCAAAAGCGUCUUCCAUUUGCCGCCGCACAGAUUGGCAACGCUUUUCGUAACGAAAUAUCACCGCGAAGUGGACUAAUUCGGGUCCGAGAGUUUACUAUGGCUGAAAUCGAACAUUUUGUUGAUCCUACAGACAAAACACAUCCAAAAUUUGAGUCCGUAAAAGAUGUCAAAUUGACAUUGUAUUCGGCGUGCAAUCAAAUGGAUGGCAAACCAGCUCAACAGGUGACCAUUGGACAAGCAGUUCAAGACAAGACAGUGGCCAAUGAAACGUUGGGUUAUUUUAUGGCUAGAAUUUACUUGUUUAUGGUUAAAGUUGGUGUCGAUCCGAAAAGGUUGCGCUUUCGGCAGCAUAUGUCCAACGAAAUGGCACACUAUGCCACUGAUUGCUGGGAUGCAGAGUGUUUGACCUCAUAUGGUUGGGUUGAAUGUGUUGGUUGUGCUGAUCGAUCGUGUUUUGAUUUGACUCAACACACGAAAGCUACACGAGUUAAGUUAGUGGCAGAGAAAGACCUACCGGAGCCGCGACAGAUCGAGAUGUUCGAGUGUUUGCCAAACAAACCGGUAAUUGGAAAAGCAUUUAAAGCGGACGCAAAAGUUAUCACUGAAGCGCUUAAGGAUUUAGAAUCAGAUGAUAUACUUAAGUAUGAGAAAGAAUUUGAAACAAACGGAGAGUUUGUUUUGAAAGUUAACGACAAAGAGUUUAAAAUUAGCAAAGAUAUGGCUUCAAUAAAACGAUCGCAAAAGACAACACACGUGGAAGAGAUCACACCAGGAGUGGUGGAACCGUCAUUCGGUAUCGGAAGGAUUUUGUAUACCAUUUGGGAGCACAGCUUUCGGAUCAGAGAAGGUGACGAUCAGCGAUCGUAUCUAAGUUUGCCAGCAGUUAUCGCUCCAAUCAAGUGUUCGGUUUUACCCCUCAGCGGUAAUGCUGACUUCCGGCCUUUGGUAAAGAAAAUAUCUGAAUUGUUGACACAAAAUGAAAUCUCUAAUAAAGUGGACCAAAGUGGCGGCUCAAUUGGUCGCCGAUACGCCAGAACCGAUGAGAUAGCCAUUCCGUACGGUAUUACCAUUGACUUUGAUAGUCUUAAGGACCAAACUGCUACACUUCGCGAGAGGGACUCAAUGGAACAGAUUAGAGCACCGAUUGAAGAGUUGGCCGCAAUUGUCAGCGAUUUGGCAAAAGGCAAGAGAAGUUGGAGUGAUAUUAAAGUAAAGUAUCCACUCUUUGAACAACAAGAGUCCACAGCUAAGAGUGCUUAAGAUAAUUGACAACAAAUUUAAAAAAUCAAUCAAUCAUUCAUAAUAACUGACAAUUGGUUUUAUAU